CUCAGUUGCAGCCAGGACAGGCUGUUACUGAGUUCUGCGUGUGAAGUGCCAGUGUGAUGGAAGUUGAUGCUCCCUUGGCUUAUGGCUCUACAGCGGGAUCCAAUUCCUGCUGAGACCUAAACACUAGUCUGUUCAAAAAAAAUAACGAUUAAUAGCCUUGUUUAUGAGGCUGUUUGAGAACUGAAGUGCUGCUUGCAAAGCAUUUGAUCAACUAAAAAGUCUAUAAGGUUUUUCUUCGCAACAGGGAAUAUUAAGGGAAAGAAGUGUAACCAGUAGAAGGGUAACAGGAAAUUUGAAGUCAUGGCUGGAAAACCGAAACUUUACUACUUUAAUGGAAGAGGCAAGAUGGAGUCAGUUCGCUGGUUGUUAGCUGCAGCUGGAGUCGAGUUUGAAGAAGAGUUUUUGGAAACCCGAGAGCAGUAUGAGAAGCUCCUGCAAGAUGGAUCCUUGCUGUUCCAGCAAGUGCCCAUGGUGGAGAUCGAUGGGAUGAAGAUGGUGCAGACCAGAGCCAUCCUCAACUACAUAGCAGCGAAGUACAACCUCUACGGGAAGGAUCUGAAGGAGAGAGCCCUGAUUGAUAUGUAUGUUGGAGGAACUGAUGACCUUAUGGGCUUCAUUUUGAUGUUUCCAUUCUUAUCUGCUGAGGAUAAAGAGAAACAACAUGCUUUUAUAGUUCAAAAGGCGACAAGCAGGUAUUUCCCAGCAUAUGAAAAGGUUUUGAAAGAUCAUGGGCAUGACUUCCUUGUUGGCAACAAUUUUAGCUGGGCAGAUGUUCAUCUUCUUGAAGCCAUUUUGAUGGUAGAAGAGAAGAAGUCAGACGUGCUCUCAGGCUUUCCUCAGUUACAGGCUUUUAAAGCGAGGAUAAGCAGCAUCCCCACAAUCAAGAAAUUUCUAGAGCCAGGAAGCCGGAGAAAACCUGUUCCUGACGACAAAUACGUGGAGACUGUCAGGAGAGUUCUCUGCAUGUAUUAUGAUGUGAAAGCAAAUUAGUGUGUCUGGCUAAAACAACAGCUGUGCUCAGCUGAAGAGAGCGAUCGGAUGGCAGAUGUACAAUUACACUGCAGACAGAAGGUGAAAAGGUGUUCGAGAGGGAGUUCCAGUGAGCAGUAUCUCCUGUUCUCUCAUACAAAAUACAGUAGUAGGCAGGUAUUUUUUGUAACGCUUUGCUAAUAGCCUAUUCUUUUCCUUCAUUCUUCUGGUAAUUAUAUGCAAGUGAAAUGGCAGCAAGCACAUUGUCUUCCUGGAGACUCUUCAGAAGAAGGGAAAGCAAAAAUAAAAGAAAUAUGAGUUUCUGACUGGCGGCUUCAGCUUCUGCUGCUUCUGAAGGUUUUCUUCUGAGAUCCAGAUCAGAUUUUGCUAUAAUGAUUGCUUCUAAUUCAGGCCUGUACUGUUUUUAAUAUCACUGUAGGCAAAUGAAACAAGUGGCUCUGAAAGAAAGUAGGAAGGAGUUGCUUUUCUUGCCAGUUCUAUUGAACACUAAUGACUUUUCUGAAAUAUCAGUAUUGUGCCUUUUUAAUUAAGCUGCACUUUUAUUACUGAAUUAGAAAACAAACUGACUGCCAAGUGGCAUUUUUAUGUAACUGCUUUAUCUAGAGGAUCUGUUCUAAUCAAAUAAACUUUUUAUGUAGUCAUGUU